CGGGAUUGUGACGAGCAGGGGGUCGCAGGGCUCUGACAUUUGAAACCAUUGAGACGUCCCGGGUUGCAAAAUUUGAGCCGUUGUGAACGUUUCAUAUACAGUGCAUGGGGAUCAUGGACAAGGACCAGCAGAAGGUCGUUGUCACGUGGGUCCGCCGGAUGGAGGGCGUCAACCACAAGAACGUGAAGAAGGCACUGAAGGAACUCACGAAGGAGGUCAAGUCCAUCGUCCCGUCGGGCGGAACGCUCUAUGGGAUCUGUGAGAACUUCGAUACUUAUCAGCAUGGAGGUCUGUUUCCGCUGCUACACCUGAGUGAAGAUUCGGGAGUCGUGAACAAAUUUCUGAACACAGACAGCUUUCUCGACAGCGACGUGUUGGGCCCCAGCAACAUGGUGGACCAAGGCGUGUUUGAGGAAGUAGCUUGCAUCACCCCGCAGAUCGAAGGGUCUGGCACAACGAAAUCUGUCAUAGCUGUUUCUGCCUUUAAGAGCAUAGAAGCAUCACCCAACGCAAAGCUCAUUAAAGAAUGGAAGCAAUGGACGGGUGCAAGAGCUUUCCUGCAAGACAUAGUAAUGGCAGGGUUAGAGUGCACCAAGAUCAGGUUCCUCGUCAGAGUAGCCCCAACGGAGGAGCCUGAAGGAUUCUACUACAUGCUAACGACUGAGGUGCCCAUCCGCGAACCCUCAGACGAAGGCCUGUUUGUCGACACCCUACAGCGCUUCAGGGUCGAGCGCUGGUUCGGUUACAACACGAUUUAUCGCAAGAUUGGGUAGCCAUCUCCUGAAGAACCGGAAGAAGGGUUUCCCUCCUCCAUCUCCUAGUUCUUCUCAUUUUUUCGACUUCUUUUUUGUGUGUAUUUUCAUGGUUCACGUAC